CUCUGCUCAGUGAAGAUGAAUCCAGUUGCGCCCUACGUGAGGAUCCACUCUGAGACUCGUGACAGCGGCGGCCGCCGCUUGUUGGUCUGCAGCGUCUACGACUUCUACCCCGAAGACAUCCAGGUGGGCUGGCUGAGGGACGGACAGGAAGUCACGGAGGACGUCACGUCCACUGAGCGGAUGGCCAACGCCGACUGGUACUACCAGAUCCACUCCCACCUGGAGUACACGCCCAGGUCUGGAGAGAAGAUCUCAUGUGUGGUUCAUCACGCCAGCCUGAAGGACCCUCUGAUCACCCACUGGGAUCCGUCCUUACCAGAGUCUGAGAGGAACAAGAUCAUCAUCGGAGCCUCUGGACUGACCCUGGGUCUGGUUCUGUCUCUGGCUGGUUUCAUCUACUACAAGAGGAAGGCCCAAGGUCAGAGACCGGAUCAAACCGGUCCAGACCGGUCAGAGACCGGAUCAAACCGGUCCACACCGGUCAGAGACCGGGUCAAACCGGUCCACACCGGUCAGAGACCGGGUCAAACCGGUCCAGACCGGUCAGAGACCGGGUCAAACAGGUUCACAGUGGUCAGAGACCGGGUCAAACUGGUCAGGGACCGGGUCAAACCGGUCCACACCGGUCAGAGACCGGUUCAAACCGGUCCACACCGGUCAGAGACCAGUUCAAACCGGUCCACACCGGUCAGAGACCGGUUCAAACCGGUCCACACCGGUCAGAGACCGGUUCAAACCGGUCCACACCGGUCAGAGACCGGGUCAAACCGGUCCAGACCGGUCAGAGACCGGAUCAAACCGGUCCACACCGGUCAGAGACCGGGUCAAACCGGUCCACACCGGUCAGAGACCGGGUUAAACCCAGAUUAGAUCGUUCUACCAAGU